AUGGAAGCCCACCAACAGCUGCAGCUCCAGUUAUCAGAGAAAGAUUCUCAGUCUGUAGCCAGACAGAAAGAGACCGAGACACAACUGAGGAUAAGAGAUGAACAGAUCUUGGCUCUACAGCAGGAAGUAACUGAGGUAAAAGAUCAGUUAGAGGCAGUAGAGACCAGUAGGAGGCGUUCAUUGGAUUUGGCGCGGGAGCGAGUGGAGCAGUGGAAGGAGGCCCAACGACAGAAGCCUCUACCAAAGAAAGAGCGUCAGCUCGAGACUCUGAUGGAGGGUGAUGGACUCAUGACGUCUGAUAAUCAGACAGAGACUGGGCCACAGAGUGUCAGCAAAUGGAACGCCAUGAGGGUUGCCAGGUUGGGUUUGGGUCGUCCACAAUAA